AUGCCUUCGGGGCGCAAACGAUGGAACCUCCAUGAUGGACCACAAGGCUCUUUGAAGAGACUACGCAACCAACUUGCCGAAGAUGGAUGUGCUGAAUCCCAAGUGGUUCUUGCUAAACAACUAUUAGAAGAAAAAUGUGAAUUGGAGGCUGACAAAAUAUCAAAUUUCAAGCAAGCCUUAGAAUGGCUUAUUUGUGCUACAGAGCAAGCUCAUCCUGAAGCUAGAAGGAUGCUUAGAAGGUGUAUUCGAAGUGGUGUCAUAGACGAGGACAGCGCUCCGAUAGUGAGGGCGAAGUCUUGUCUUGCAGCUAGUCGCCAGGAGACCGUGGCUAGAAAAGCUGCUAGAGAUCUUUUUGCAAGUUUAUCUAACGGCGAACAGUAUAUAACUACUGCGCAACUGGAGCGUCGUAUUCGGGAGAUUUGUUCCACAACUUUGAGGAAAAAUACCGAUGAAGACAUUGACGAUGACUCACCAGAAGAAGCGAGAGCGUUAGACGGAGAGCAAGCUUUGGAACCAUCUCAACUUCAAGCUGGUGACCACGUUCAUACUAAUGGCACGAUACGGACUCAUGAUUUGGAAGAAGAUUACUCGGACAAUUACAGUGCCAACGAAGAAAUUCGUAAUCUAACAGUAGAUAACUUAGUUACCGCAGCAGUCGAUUACUGUCAAGGCGAAUUACCCCUAGUCAACUACGAAUUAACCUUGACGGACCCUAGCAUCAAAUCCCUAGACCAUAUCCCUAUUUUACACCAAGCAUUCCUACACCCAGUAGUAUUUAUAAAAGUUCUUUACCUUAAAUUAUUAUAUUAUUUCGGUUCGUUUUCCUUCAGACUAUCGAAUAUUGAACUGUCUUUGCUUCUAAUAGCCUAUUUAUCUGUCAGUACGGACAGUUUAUAUCAUUUGGUGCCAUUAGUUCUCUAUUACGUCAGUAUUAUCGCUAUGGUAAUAUGUACGUUCAAGAUGUUACUUGCUAAACGACAAUUUAUAGAUUUUAGAAAAUGGUCUGGUCUCUUUCUUAGAUAUAGCGAUGGGAGCUUACAGCCAGAUGAGUCAGAAAAUUUGUUUGUCCGAAAUAAUCUUGGUCCCUUUAUCCAAUUCUUUCUGGCGCUUUUUGUUAAUUUGUUUUUGUACCCAUUUAUUGCAACCCAGUGGGUUCCGUUUUCUGAAUUCUGCGUUCUAUCCUUCUGUCUAAUGUUUUUGACCCUUUUUUCCUUUGGUACAAAUGGAAAUCCUUAUCCAGAUGUGCUAGCUCUAAUUUCUUUUGGUAUUAACGUACUGGCAAAGUACCCUUAUGAGAAAGAUACUGUAGUACAUCAAGGCUGGCGAUUCUUGGACCUACACAUAUCGAACUAUCCGUCUUAUAUACUUGGGAACAGUAUUGAAUUUUGUUUGAACGCUCGCGUCUUUUUCUCUCUAUUAAUUCCUAUUAUCUUAGUACUGCUGACCAGAAGAUCAAAUUGGCAAGGAUUUUUCAAGUACACCCUUCCUCAUUGCGUUACUCUUAGUUGGUUACAAAUGUUCAUAACUUGUUCUCACGGUUGUACAACUUACGGCCUUAUAAGAGGUACAUUAGCCCUAGUUUGCUCUUUCCUAUUCUUACCUCUAAUGGGUAUAAUUACAGUGACACUGCCGAUUUUUGCAUUUCUACAAUAUGUUACGAUGUCGAAAUUGUUUUACACUCUAACUGUGUUGACUGGACUUACUGUUGGGUUAGGUGUAACAUGUCUGUUGGCGAAAUCUGAAUCAACUAAGAAAUUUGUAACACCAUUUCAGCUCGCAGUUGGCCUAAUAACAUUAGUAUACAUUGGCAACCAAUUCGUAAUACGAGUCCAAGAUGACGGCCUACCUUCCAGCAUUAUCGAAAUAAUAGGCGAUGAGAAGUCGAGCAUUAAAAAUCUACUGAAAAACGAAUUCAUAAACGAUUACGAAGUGAACACUUACCAUAUAACAUGGGACGAUUAUUACAAUCAAUGCAAUACGCCAUCUUGGUCUGACUAUAAUAUGGCGUCGACACAAAUUAAAUGUUCGAUUCUAGAAGGCUCGAACGUUAAUUGGGAGGGCUAUGUUAAGGAUGUUAAAAUAAAGAGUGUUAGAAAUCAGUGGAGUUUGUUCGCAUCUUGGUUACCCAACAUUUUGUCGGAGUAUUUUAAAUGUUAUUACGGCGAGGAGUUUUCGAGCUUUUGUCAAAAUGAUGGCGUUAAUAGUGACUGUGAAUUUGUAAGGAACGUUGCUCGGCAAAGCGGAAAAAGCUGUCAUUUGAACAACUUGAACGAAUACACAUACGAAGUUACUGUCAACAUGGAAGCAAAUGGAGGACUAUUGAAACGUCAUACAGAAAUAACUCUAGCAUUAGAUCAUUUCUUUACUAACUUUACACGAUUAUUACGAUCUGAUGACAAAAUACGUUUCAAAGGCACAUUGGUUAACGAACCCGGGUCUUAUAACAUCGGUAAUAAAGAUUUAAACGUGAAAGCUUUUGAAGUUACUUGUUUGGAAUGUAAAAUCGCAAGAGGCGCAAUAAGUUCGAGAAGUCAGUCUUCGUCGAAAUUAUCAGAACUAUGUCGGACUAUUAUCAACGAUUGUGUAGUCUCAGCUAAAUAUAUAUUGAAUUUUGUAUUAAAUCCUGUAAUUGUUUUUAAAUAAAAUUUUUUUUCUUAAACUUUUUUUUUCAAUGUUUGACGAAUUUAUUUUUGAUUUUUCUGAAAUUACAAAUUGAUCUAUUGAAAACAGUAUUGUUUUUUGUGAUAGGUACAUUGGAAGUAUUAGCAAUUUUUAUGGCAAAAUCUAAAAUUAUAUGAUUUUUUUUUUAAAUUUUCAAGUGAAAUUAUCUUAAAUUGUUAUCUCAAUAUUUAUAUGCGAUAGUGAUCAGUAAUUGCUUCCAGUGUCUGUAUUCAUAUAUUGAUAGAAAUUAAGAAAAUAUAAUUGUAUUUUGAAAAUAUAAUUUUUGUACAAAAAUACGGGUACUCUUCGUCCAAUAGAAAUUCAUCCAAUUUAAGAAAACAGCCUUAAUUCCUAAAUUUUCAACUAUACAUAUUUAUUUUUAGACAUGUGUACUUGUGUAAAGCAUUAAAAAAUAUUUUAAAACGAGUAAGAGUAUAUGAAUAUCAAAUUUUCUUAAUUUGGAUAAAUUUUUAUUUAGAUGGUCUAAAAUUUACCUAAAAAAUCGCAUCACAAUAUAAUUCUUAAAAAGAAAUUUUCAUCAAAUGAGAGUAAAAUUGUUACUAAUUGGAUAACGUAUCUGCUUCUAUUUUCGUGUGUCUCCUCUUGGUAUUUCGUGAAGCACUUAGUUAUGUUCUAUGUACCUUAAUUUGUGUUAGGCUGUAGUCGAAAAGGUUAAAAAAAACGUUCGACACAUACAUCACUUUAACGACACCUGUAAUUUUAGGCUUUUUGAUGACAUUUGUAAAUUUAGGCUCUUAAAUAUGGAAAUAAUGUCCAAAAGUCGUAUUAGGUUAAAAAUAUAUUUAAAAAAAAAUUAAUUAUAUGUAUUAUGUCACUAUAUAACUAUAAUUUUUCUUAAGAAAGUUCACAAUUUCUAUUAGUGUUUAAUAAAAAUUAAACAAAACCAUUGUAAUGGGAGAGUUUUAUGUGUAUUGGGUGAUUUUUUUAACCUUUUCGUCUAUAAUUUUAAUAAUUAAAACAUUGUUAGAUGUAUUUUAUGGAAUUUAAAUUAUUAUGAAAUGUUAAUAUAUAACGCCUAGUGUACGGGUGUGACGUUUUCAAUGUGACAAUAUAGUUUAUAAACUUCAAUGUAAUAAAAAAAAUAUUUUCAUUGAA